CCACACUUAAAAAGUGGGCAGGGUUGAAAGGUGACGCCUGCAGUUUCGUGUUUGCAGUUGGCAACAUGUCGGCACACGACGAGCUCGUACUAUGUCUAAGUUUCCUGUGGCAGGUGCUGUUCCACUUGCUUUUUGUGUGUUUGCUCCUGCUUGGCGUGCUGGUCCUGCUGAUGCUGGCAGUACGUCUGUGGCUGAAAGGCAAAAGGAGCGCUCGACAUGCCAGGACCGGACGUCCCGCGGUGGCGUUCUUCCACCCCUAUUGCAACGCUGGCGGUGGGGGCGAGAGGGUGCUCUGGUGUGCAAUCAGGGCUCUGCAACGAAGUUACCCGGACAUCGACGUCGUGGUCUACACCGGCGACCUGGACGUUCCGGCCAAUGAGAUCGUGGAUAGAGCUCGGCGCCGAUUCAACAUCGUGCUUCCGCGGCCCGUUCACUUUGUGUUCCUGAGGCUGAGACUUCUCGUGGAGCCCAGUCUGUUUCCUCACUUCACCCUGCUCGGGCAAAGCAUGGGCUCCAUCUUUUUGGGAUGGGAGGCGCUUACAGAAUUUGUCCCCGACAUGUACAUCGACUCAAUGGGAUACGCUUUCACCCUGCCGCUUUUCCGCUACCUGGGAGGAUGCCGUGUAUGUGCUUACGUGCACUACCCCACCAUCAGCACUGACAUGCUGUCGGUGGUAAGAGAAAGGAACCCCAGGUUCAACAACCCUGAUUACAUUUCGGACAGUAUGUUCCUGAGCAUGUUCAAGGUGCUUUACUACUGCCUGUUUGCUGUGCUCUACGGCAUGGCCGGCUCCUGCGGUGACCUGGUCAUGGUCAACUCCUCCUGGACGCUUGAGCACAUCUUGUCACUGUGGCACGCUUCCAACCGUACCAGCGUGGUCCACCCACCCUGCGACGUCAGCGCAUUCCUGGACGUCCCGCUUGAAGAGGACGAAGAGAAAAAAUGCCACUCCAUCGUCUCCAUCGGGCAGUUCCGCCCUGAGAAGGACCACCGUCUGCAGAUCAAAGCUUUCAAGAAGGCGCUGGAUCGGCGGAGGGAGGCCGGCGAAGGCAGGGAGACUCUGAAGCUGAUCCUGAUCGGAGGAUGCCGGAAUCAGGAGGACGAGGAUAGGGUACUGACGCUGCGGGGGCUGUGCCAAGAGCUCGGCGUGGGCGACAGGGUGGAGUUUAAACUCAACAUCCCCUUUGCGGAGUUAAAACAAGAGUUGGGCAGCGCCACUAUUGGACUGCACACCAUGUGGAACGAGCACUUUGGGAUUGGUGUUGUGGAGUGCAUGGCAGCAGGCAAAGUGAUCCUCGCCCACAAGUCGGGCGGUCCCAAGCUGGACAUCGUGGUGCCUUUCGAGGGAGGCCAGACGGGCUUCCUCGCCGAUGACGAGGACAGCUACGCUAAGGCCAUGGAGGAGAUCUUAAAUAUGGCGCCCGCGAACCGCCUGCAGAUACGACGCAACGCCCGACAGUCAGUUGCUCGCUUCUCAGAUCAGGAGUUUGAAGUGUCUCUCCUGGGUGUUUUAGAACCUCUAAUGGGGACACUUGAACGAUGAGAAGGACUGCGUGUUUAUAUGUGUACAUUAUAUAUGCCAUCUGUGACUGGACCCUUCAAUUUUGCACUCGGGAGAGAUUUACAGUCCAUUCCAACACUUCUUAAAACAUCUUUUUACGAGUGUUUCUCUGGCAAUUGAGUUAGUUGGAAUGUACCAUUGUCUAUCACUAAACAAUACCAAUGCAUAAAGUCACACUUAAAUGAACUAUUUACAUUAAAAAAAAAGACAUUGUACAUGAAUAUCAUGUAAAAAAUAAGGAAAACUGUUAUGAGUGUCUUGUAUCAUGUGACCAUGUAUUGGUAUUCAUUUGCAAACUAUUGCACUUCAUUCGGAACCAGAAAAUGACGGAUGCUGGGACCAUCUUAAAUCAAGGUGGCCAAUUGUAAACUUCAGGGCCUGUUUGCAACAUGAAUGUGGAAUAAACCAAAGGGGGACUAAUAUUUUGUAAACGAA